AUGUCUCGGUUUUUCAGGACACAGAAUGAUUCCUCGUCUUCAUCAGAAUCAUCCGACGAAGAACUUCUCUCUUCAGGAGAAGAAGCUCCCGCUCAGCCCGCUCAGCCAAAGCAGCCCAUGAGCCGCUUUCUGAAAACCGCAGGCGACAGUGACGCAUCGUCCUCGUCUUCCUCGUCAGAUAGCGACGAUUCAGACGACGAUGAUCAACCAGCUCCCGUUGCCAAACCCGCCGUCAACCGUUUUCUCAGGAAAAACGCGGGCUUGGGCGGUGGCUCGGACAGCGAUGACUCGGAUGACGCUCCCAAAAUCGUCAAGAGUGCAAAGGAUAAGCGAAUAGAGGAAAUGCAGACGAUUGGCAAGGCAAUCGACAAUGCUGUAAAGAUUGGAGACUGGAAUGCUGCCUCGACCGAAUUUGAAAAGCUUGGGCGGCUUGUCCAGAGGCAGACCGGUGUCUCAGAACCUGUGCCGCCAUAUUGGCUUCGCGCAAUCGUUUCGCUCGAGACGGCGAUGAGUGCCACAAAGGAAAAGGACUCGAAGAAGAAGCUCAAUGCUGCGGCGACAAAAGCGCUCAAUGGAUUGAAGCAAAAAGUCAAAAAGGCGUCCAAGGAGCACGAAGAGCUCAUCAAGGAAUACAACAAGGACCCAGAAAAGGCCGAAGAAAAGUAUAUUGCUGCCCUCGCACCACCACCGCCACCACCAAAAGAGCCGGCGCCAGCCCGAUCUCGAGUGGCAGAGGCAGCUGCUCCUGGUGAAGGACCCGACUUUACCACAGUCGGAAAAGGUGGCAAGGGGGUACAACACACGCAAGACACUGUCCUCAAAGACUUGGCACAAGUCAACGAGAACAGAGGUAAAAAGAAUACGGACAGAGUCGAGCAAGUUCGUACUCUCGAAAGGUUGUUGGCUGUGGCGGAGAAGACAUAUCUGCGAAUCAGAGUCUUGCUGGCACUAAUCUCAGCCCGUUUCGACUAUAACCCUGCCGCCACUCACAUGCCCAUUGAUGCAUGGAUGUCGGCACAAGAAGAAUUGGACCAACUCGUCCGCUUGCUCCUCAAAGAGCCGGCUUACUCUGUUGACGAGCAGGUCGACGUCGAGUACGACGACAUUAUCGAACGUAAUCCAAAGGACCAUGGUGAUGCGGAUGGGAUUGUUCGCAUUCGGGGUAGUGUAAUCUCCUUUGUCGACCGAUUAGACGAGGAGUUUACCAGAAGCCUUCAAAAUACGGAUCCUCACGGGACGGAGUAUAUUGAGCGUCUACGACAUGAAAAAAUUCUAUACAAGAGCAUAUGUCUCGCCGAGCUCUACUUUGAGCGCACGUCAAAGGAGGAUCCUAGGGCCAGGGUAAUUAUGCGAAGGUUGGAGCAUAUUUACUACAAGCCCGAUGUCCUUGUCGAAGCAUUGGAACAGGUCAAUGCCGACGCCGAUAGCAUACCCGCGCUUUCCCUGCGAGCUUCUGGGAACCCACAAUCACUCGUGCAUUCGAUUUGCAUCCUCCUCUAUAAAACCACGAACCCAGUACUCCGAACACGGGCUAUGCUCUGUCACAUCUACAAUCACGCACUUCACAACGAGUUUUAUACGGCCCGUGACAUGCUACUCAUGUCUCACCUUCAAGAGUCGGUCCAUUCAGCGGAUAUUAUGACUCAAAUCCUAUACAACCGCACCAUUGUCCAACUCGGCCUCUGUGCCUUCCGGUGCGGUCUGAUCAAAGAGUGCCAAGCGAUCCUUCAAGAGAUUUUCGCUACCCAGCGAGUGAAGGAGCUGCUUGCUCAAGGUCUUCAUCAGCAGAGGUAUACGACGCUCACCCCUGAGCAAGAAAAGGCAGAACGUAAUCGACAAAUGCCAUUCCACAUGCAUAUCAACACCGAACUCGCCGAGGCGGUAUUCUUGGUGGCGAGCAUGUUGAUUGAGAUUCCGCUCCUGGCAAGCCUAGACACAGAAGAGGCGAAACGCAAGACAGUGUCCAAAUCGUUCCGUCGCUUGUUGGAGCAUGCGAAUCGUCAGGUGUUUAACGGGCCACCGGAGAAUACUCGAGACCAUAUCAUGCAGGCGUCAAAGGCGCUGCAGGACGGCGAGUGGCAGAAAGCGAGGGAUCUCAUCCAAAGUAUUGCCAUAUGGAACCUUAUGCCCGAGGCAAAGUCUGUUAAAGAGAUGCUUGCCAAACGCAUCCAAGAGGAGGGUCUACGAACCUACCUGUUCUCCAAUGCACCACACUAUAGCACCCUGUCUCUCGAGCUAUUGUCGCGCAUCUUUUCUCUUUCACUCCGAACUGUCACAUCGAUCGUGUCGAAGAUGAUCUGGAACGAGGAAUUGGCCGCGUCGCUGGAUCAAGCGUCUGGCGUCGUCGUAUUCCACCGUACAGAGACGACCAAGCUCCAGCAGCUUGCACUUGCGCUCUCCGAACGGGUGGCACAAUUGGUCGAGCAGAACGAGAAGACACUGGACAACAAACUCGGGAACAGCGCGGCGUGGGCUGAUCGUGGAGAUGGAAAGGGAGGCGAGAAGCGUGGUGGUGAGGUCGCUGGAGGAGGAGAACGGAGGGGGACACGCACGGGAACUCGGGGGGCACUUCGUGGAGGCGCAAGAGGACGGGGUGCUCGGUUCGCCCAAGGACUUGGUGGUCAGGUUGCUGGUGCACGUGCUGUACGAGCAUAA